UUAAAAUUCCAAACGGCUCUUGUAACCGACAACCCACAGGACGACGCAGCUGGUUGAGCCUCGCAGUCAGGCUUCGAAGCCAUUGGGCGUUAUUCUGGAAACUGCACAGGUAAUUGGCCCAGGCUGUGUAGGACAAACCCCUCAGCCUGCGACUAGUACAUGCCAGUACAUUUUAGUGCAUGCCAACAGCGCAUACCAGCACAAAUCAUGCAUUGACAGCCCCACCCACCCGUUUCUGGGGAGUCGGCGUUGUCCCGAGCCCCACUUUUCCAAAACCCGGGCUAUUAUUAGACUCGACCAACAGGACGGAAUUAUAUCCCAGGCCCGUCGUCUGUUGUUCUGAAUUUUCGGGGAUUGAGGAUUCCAACGGCGAUAUUGCGGGGCAAAUUUUGUUCCGUUGGGUUGAACGAUUUGGCUGGGAACACUCAUUAGUCCUCUCCUCGGCUUGCAACUUUGGCUCCCGUAUAUCAUCAUGGAAUCUUGUUCUUCCUAUAGGUGCUCGUUCUCAUUUGUUGAUGGAAUUGAGCUUAUUUGACACAUUUGGAGCUGUUAUGGUUGGUUUUGAGCUCACAACGAACCUUUGGAAGUCCUGGGGCAGAUGAUGCAGUCCAAAUGGGACUGAGAUGUUAGGAAGAUCAUAACUUCAUCAGGAACAAUUUGAAUAACUCUGAAAGCUCGCUCUUGAUCGCCCACAUCGUUGAAGUUGUCUUGAUCAAGCUCGGCCAGCUUGAGUAAGAUCAAAACCAAUUCUCUUAAGUUUUCUGAUCAGUGAUCGCUGGA